UCCUGGCGUAAUGGAAAGCUUACCAACAACAUCCAGAUCGGAUUUUGUUCCUCAACUAUGAGACUAUGAGAGCUGAUCCUUUGCCGUACGUGAAGAGUCUGGCUGAGUUUAUGGGGUAUGGAUUCACAGCGGAGGAAGAGGAGAAAGGUGUUGUUGAGAAAGUGGUGAGUCUUUGCAGCUUCGAGACAUUGAAGAAUCUUGAAGCUAACAAAGGAGAGAAAGACAGAGAGGAUCGUCCUGGUGUUUAUGCAAAUAGCGCUUAUUUCAGGAAAGGAAAGGUGGGAGAUUGGACUAAUUAUCUGACUCCAGAGAUGGCAGCUCGUAUCGAUGGCAUAAUGGAAGAUAAAUUUAAGGGCACCGGUUUGCUUGAACAUGGUAAAUGAGGGGUUCUUGUUCCGAACAAUGACUGAUCUUUUACAUGCUUUGUUUACAUCAAAAGUUUGCUUUUGAGUCUAAUAACUAAUAAGUUAUGUAUUGAAAGAAUAAAUGUUGUUAUGCUUUUAUACAACUGUAUUAUUUCUACAAAAAGAAUUGGCUUUGUAGUACCAUUAUAUAUCAUCAUUGUAGAGUCAGCUUUAACCGCA